AUGGCUACAAUGUUCUGGGCUCUGACUUUACUAAGUCUCAGCUGCUUGCUAGGAUUCAAUGCCCAAGCACCAGCUACAGCCCCAAAGGCAAAACCACUGGUCAUAACAAAACCACCUACCGUGGUGGCACCAAAACCACCUACCGUGAUAACGCCUGCAAAUGUGGCACCCAAAAUUGCUCCAGUGAUAACGCCAGUUCCAAAGGUUGCGCCCAAAACUGCCCCAGUGAUAACACCAGUUCCAAAGGUUGCACCAGCUUCAACUCCAAAAGUCACACUGCCCCAACCACCAAAAAGUUCACCUAUCUCAACUCCAACAUUGCCACCAACAUUACCACCACCACCAAUUGCUUCACCACCAUUACCACCGCCACCAGUUGCUUCACCAUUACCACCACCGAAGAUAUCGCCAACACCAAUUCCAACACCGCCGGCUCCUGCACCAGUAAAGGCAACACCGGUGCCAGCACCUGCACCUGUUACUUUGCCACCAAUAGUGGCACCAACACCUGCAAUAGUCCCACCUGUACCAGCACCUGAGUCCCCCAAGCACAAGAGAAGAAGACACAAACACAAACAUAGGAGACAUCAUGCACCAGCUCCAGCACCAACAGUUGUUCACAAAAGUCCCCCUGCACCACCAACUGAUACUACAGAUGUCGACACGCCGGCACCAGCACCUAGUCUUAAUUUGAAUGGUGCACCAUCAAACCAUCACCAAGGGGGAAAUAUAUGGGCAAUAACUGUAUUUACUAUUACUAUUUUUCUAGCGGUAACUGGCUACAGCUGCUAGGAGCCUCAUAGUGACCAUGGAUUCACUCUAAACAGUUAUUUGGUUUGCAAAAUGUAAAAUCAUUCAGGUGUACAGAUCUGAAUAUUGAGUGCCAAUACUUACAAUUUUUUCUUUAUA